AUGUUUGAUAGUCUGAUUGCCAACCUCAACUCCGAUAAAUGGUUAGAGACGGACAUGGCUGCGAAAAACGACGAAUGGAAGGAAUACCAUGUAAUGCGUCAUCACCGUUUUGUGGACAACACGACACUCGUUGUCAUGGUAGCACCGGAAGAAGGGGAGGCUAGAAGUGUCGAGGUCAAGGACUGCAAACAAGGAUCCUUAAAAGAGAUUGGCCGGAUCGAACUUUUGCUCAACGCGGACGAAACUGAGGUCAUCGGCAUUGACCUGAACGGGGAUGUUGUUAUCCGAAAGUAGAUACAACUAUAAUUACUUUUUCAUGUUCGUUUCGAUCCGAAGUGAUCUAUAACACCAUAUUGUGAGCAUUAUCGAGUGUCAGUGAGAACAUAUGUGUAAAAUGAUGAAUGUUUGUAUCGCAUAUUAUAUCUAUUAUACUUCAUCACCAUCACCUUUCGCAGUCAUUCCCCUAACGUUUUUGCCGAUCAGACAUAUCUACGUGUCUAGUGUCAGCCCUUGGAAACAGCUUCAGUAGAUCAUUGAUCAUUGAUAUUUGUUUAUAUGUAUAUAAGUGUGUAUUUGACUUUUUAAGGUACU